GGGCGUGAUUAAACGCGCUAGCUUUCUCGAUGUUGUCAAGCCUUUCAAUCGUCGACUUCCAUCGUUCCUUCAGCUACGGAACCUUCUGUAAUCCGGCUGCAAUCUGUAUGUUCCCGGAGGUUGUGAGAGAUAGGGAGGCGGGCUGCCCUAGAAGGUUUACCGCGCACGACAGCGAUAAUGUCGACGCAAGGAUUUUGCAAUCGCCAGGGCAAUCUCGAUGCCCUCGUAUUAGCUUGCCCUGUAACAGAUCGUCGAGUGCCAGCGGGUUGCGUUUAUGCGCUUCCUCUGUUCCUUCUUUUUUUUGUAUUUUUUUUAUCGUUUCGUAUUUGUAAAAGUUGCUUAUCGUCCAGUCGCGGGCGCCAGGGCUGUAUACGUUUUUGGCACUGCGCACGUCUCCCCACUCGCCUGACCGACCCGCUGACCUCGGCGCGGCGAGCCAAAGUGAGCAUUUCUUUUUUGUAGUGCCGAAAUAUGGCGACCUUUAUUUUUUAGAUUAGAUUAGAUUAUGUGGUUUUACUUGCCAAAACCACUUUCUGAUUACGAUGCACGCCGUAGUGGAUCGGCGGUCCUGCACGCUACUAACCCUGAGCGCACAGCAGUGCGGCCAAGCGCGAUACGUAAUAUCUCGCGCGAGCUUCUGUCCACGCUAACCUCGCUCGCCAUCGGAGAUUCUGUCUCCCUGCUUGGUCCUUGGCCGUGCGCCCGCCGCCGCCGGGCAUCUCUUCGACGGCGUGCGCCCCCGGUUGGAGUCGAUUCUGAUCGGCCCCCGCGUUUAGUUCUCAUCCACGCGGCCUUCCGUCGACCGCGACGCGCUUUUAUUAGUUUUCCGCGAGCGGCGGGUGACGCGACCGAGGGGGAUCCGCCAUCGAUGCCGCAAGGGGCCUGAUUCGGAUCACUAAGACGGGCUUAUACUUCAAAUCAUGCCUCAAAGCCAAUCGGACGGUGCCUAUGGUGUUUCAGUCCGUGGUCAACAAGAACAUGGACAAGGUGUGUUUCAUCAUGGAGCACAACCGAUGGACAUUCAAACAGGUGGAUGACUUCACGAACAGGGUGGCCAACUGCUUUCUGCAGCAGGGACUGAGGCCUGGUGAUGAAGUAGCCGUGUUUAUGGACUCUCGGCCAGAGUUUGUCAUGCUUUGGCUGGGAAUGUCCAAAGUGGGCAUUGUGGCUGCUCUGGUCAACACUAACCUCAAGUCUGAUCCGCUUCUGCACUCCCUCACCUGCAUCAGUGCCAAGGCCAUUGUCUUCGGCAAGGAACAGGCCAAUGCCAUGAAGGAUGUGGCCCCUUCCCUUAUGGAGAAGGGUGACUACCAGUACUAUGUGUAUGGUGCUUGUGACACCCAGCCUCUGCCAGCAGUUGAUCUGGAGGAACUUAUCAAAAACAGCUCAUCAGUUCCUGCAGAUAUUGACUACAAAGGCAGCAUUCAUGAUAAACUGGUAUACAUUUACACAUCUGGAACCACUGGUCUUCCCAAGGCUGCUAUCAUAAAGCACAGCAGGUAUUUGUCAAUGGUGUCUGCUUCCAAGUACAUGAUGCCCAUCAAGGCCGAUGACAUCCUGUACACUGCCCUGCCACUGUACCAUACGGCAGGUGGUAUCCUUGCUGUGGGGCAGGCUCUCCUUUUCGGAAACACAGUCGCCAUCCGAUCCAAGUUUUCUGCUUCCCGCUUCUGGGAUGACUGCAUCAAAUAUGACUGCACUGUGACACAGUACAUUGGUGAGAUCUGCCGGUACCUACUGGCUCAGCCGGUGCGUCCACAGGAAAGGCAACACAAGAUUCGCAUGAUGUUUGGAAAUGGCCUGCGGCCCCAAAUUUGGAGCCAGUUUCAAGAACGCUUCGCCAUCAGGGACAUUCGUGAGCUCUAUGGAUCCACAGAGGGAAACGCGCACGUCUUGAACAUCGACAACAAGGUGGGGUCCGUUGGUUUUGUGUCUCGGAUUGCUAGCAAUGUCCAUCCUGUCAAGCUAAUUCGAGUAGACGAAGCCACUGGUGAGCCACUCAGGGACAAGAACGGGCUCUGCAUCCCAUGCGAACCUGAUGAAGUUGGCGAACUUGUGGGACGCAUUGUGCGUGAUGACCACAUUCACUCAUUCGAUGGCUAUGCAAACAAGGCAGCCACCAGCAAGAAGGUCUAUAAGGAUGUCUUCAAGAAAGGCGACUUAGCCUUUGCAUCAGGAGACCUGCUUGUCAUGGACGAGUUUGGCUACUUGUUCUUCAAGGACAGAACAGGUGACACCUUCCGCUGGAAGGGAGAAAAUGUGUCCACAUCGGAGGUGGAAGGAGUUGUUGCGAGGAUAGCAGGCCUUACAGACUGUGCUAUCUAUGGAGUUGAGAUUCCAGGAUCUGAAGGCAAGGCUGGCAUGGCUGCCAUCUGCGAUCCCGAAGGCAAACUUGACCUCAAGACUUUCUUGCGGGACGUACGAAAUGCCCUCCCUGCUUACGCAAUACCUCUCUUUAUUCGUGUAGUGAAGGAUCUGGAAGCAACAGGUACCUACAAGAUCAAGAAAGUGGAUCUCCAGAAGCAGCAGUACGACAUCGACACGAUUGAUGACCCGAUGUAUUUCCUCGACCUAACGGCUAAUGAGUAUGUGCCUCUAACCAGGGCUGUCUAUGAGAAGAUUCAAAAAGGCGAGGCAAGGGUCUGAAAGCUGCAGUCAAUGCUAAGCUGCCCCCUUUGAGGACCAAUGAAAUUCUCAGCUUCAUACAUGUUAUAUGUACAUGCAAAGAGCCUGGAGAAGCAGCUGUGCAACUAAGUCCUGUUGGCUGCUGCCGUAGUCGUGGCCUUUCCGUGACACUGGAGUCUCCCCAUACUGCUUUUCAUCUUUGACUGCCUUGUCUUGUGCUACUGGCUUUUUGAUGGCUGGCCAGUUUGGGUCAUGCGACUCAGUGAAGAGGAGCAGUACAAAUAAAAAAUCGCGACAAAAUAAGACCUGUUCUGCAGAAAUGGUAGUAGUAC